GCACACUGUAGCCUUUUUAGGAAAUGGCGAUAAUAGAGAGUACAUGGUAUCUUAAGUUAUUAAUAACACAACAAGAGGGUCCUAAAGCCUCUUUCCAGCAUCACAGUCAGAUCCUUUACCCUCUGAUACUCACCUCACAUUCCCAUCAGUGAAACCAAGCAGCUCUCCUUUGCUGAAACUCCCUCAGUCUGUCCAUCAGCUCUCUUUCUGAAUCACUCCAUCGGAUCCCCAGCUCACCUGAACCUGCACUACCAUGUCGGACAACGAGGAAGUGGUGGAGGAGUAUGAGGAGGAGGUGGAAGACGAGGUGGAGGCGGCUGAAGCAGGGGCAGAGGAGGAUGUGCAGGAGGAGGAAGCUGAGGAAGAGGCUGAACAAGAUGAAGACAAACCUGCUGCAGAGAAGGGGGAAAAUGAAGAACAAGAUGGAGAAGGAGAGGCAGAGGAGGGGGAAGAGGAGGAGGCCAAACCAAAAUUCAAGCCUUUUAUCAUGCCAAACCUCAUCCCUCCUAAGAUCCCAGAUGGAGAGAAGGUGGAUUUUGAUGAUAUACAUCGUAAAAGGAUGGAGAAAGACCUGAUGGAGCUUCAGACUUUGAUUGAGGUUCAUUUUGAAAGCAGAAAAAAAGAAGAAGAGGAGCUCAUUAGUCUCAAAGACAGGAUUGAGAAGCGCCGUUCUGAGCGAGCAGAGCAGCACAGGAUCCGCAGUGAGAGGGAGAAAGAGCGUCAGAAACGUCUUGAAGACGAGAGAGCUCGUAAGGAGGAGGAGGAGGCCAAGAGGAAGGCAGAAGAUGAUGCAAAGAAGAAGAAAACCCUUACCAGCCUCCACUUUGGAGGCUACAUGCAGAAGCUAACAGAGAAACGAAGUGGUAAGAGGCAGACAGAGAGAGAGAAGAAGAAGAAGAUCCUGAAUGAAAGACGCAAAUCUCUGGACAUUGAAAAUUUGAAUCAGGAAGGUCUCAAGUCAAAAGCUAAGGAGCUGUGGGAGUGGAUGAAUGAACUGGAGGCCGAGAAAUUUGAACUGCAGUACCAAUUCACAAGGCAAAAAUAUGAGAUUAAAGUGCUGAGAAACCGUGUGAGCGACCAUCAGAAAACAUCUAAAAGGACCAAGAGAGGCCUGAGGAAAUAGAUGCUAUCAUUGCCAAGAGAGCAGUGUGAUCACCUCCCUUCGACAGCUGUCACUGCAAACAAAGACCUAGCUUUCACAUUACACCCAGGUCCUAUGUAAUUCUCUUAAAAACCCCCACCUUAAUUUCCAUUCAAAUAUGAUAUGUUGUUUUACAUUAUUCUGUUGUUUUGAUUCCCAUCCUUUGGCAUCAGAAUAAGUGUUUAAGGGUAUAAAUAAAAUUAU